AUGGUUGUUUGCAAGAAAGACAACUAUCCAUUUGAGUUGUUUGCUUCCAAGAUGCAACAUGAAGACACAUUGAUGAUAAAGAAGUAUAAUCCCAUGCAUAAGUGCACAAGGAAGUUUAGCAAUGCCAUGGUGAGGCAGAGAUACUUAACAGCCAAGUUCAAGGAUCAAAUUGCCCUAAAUGAAGACAUAAGACCAGAGAAUUUAGCUAAGAUGAUGUCGGCAAGCAUUAGGGCAGGAGUUUCAAAGAGUAUGGCCUAUAGAGCAAAGAAAGCUACCUUGUUAGAGGUUGAAGGAUCAAUGAAGGGGCAAUAUGCAAGGCUGGAUGAUUAUGAAAGAGAACUUCAAAUGGUUGAUCUAACAACCACAGUUGACCUGAAAUGUGACUUCAACAACUCAGACAAUGCACCUGUUUUCAAGAGGCUAUACAUUUGCUUAGGAGCUCUGAAGAAUGGUUUUAAGGCUGGCUGUAGAUCAUUGAUUCGAUUGGAUGGAGCUCAUUUGAAGACUUGUUUUGGUGGCCAACUCCUAACUGCUUAUGCAAUGGUUGAGCCGGAGACAAAGGACUCUUGGAUAUGGUUUUUGGAGUUGUUUUGCAAGGAUUUGAGCUGGGAGAAUAAUGGUAGAGGCUGGAUAUUCAUAAGUGAUAAGCAAAAAGGUUUGAAACCUGCAUUAGAAGAGGUUGUUCCAUCUGCAUAG